ACAAAAACCCAAUUCAAUCACCGUUUACCAGUCAAUAUAUACCUCGGGCAACGCCCAUUCUCUUCUACAUUUCGUGCUACCAGCUCUUCCCAGCUCUGCGGCCGCUUCUGUUCAGAUUCCCUGUAAAUCUGUAAUAGAUAAUUCGAUUGUUGAUGGAUAGAUACAGACUGAGCUCAACCUUCAAUGGAGUUCCUCCUCAAAAACCAAGCUUCUUAUCCAAUGCCCAGUCUCAAAUCUCCCUUCCCGGAAAGCCUCAUUUCCAAGAGCCCCACAUUUUCACCUACUCUCGAUCCGAAUCUGAAGAACUCACCGGCGACAGUCUCGGCCAAACAACCGACGAUACGGAAAUUAGCAUCUUCGACGCGGAGCGCUACUUCAACGACAGCCAAGAUUCCAACUUAACCUCUACAAAGCUUAGUGCCAUUAACCCUGAAAUUCAAAACUGCAAACUUUCGCCCAAUCCACUCGACUCUUCCUUCUCCUCAAUCGAUGGCUUCUCCCGCAACUUCCGGAGCCGCUCCUUUCGCACUACUCCGACCGCCUCUUCAGAAGCCAGCUGGAACAGCCAAGCGGGGCUUCUAAGAAAAUCACAGACUUCUCUGUCCGUCAGCGUUUCAAACUUUCCUAAUGGCGAACAGAGGAAGGAACCUUCUUCUUCUUCCGCCCGACGCCUUUUCGGCCAUGCCUGCCCUUGCUCCUGCAAGAAAUCCGUCGACGUCGAGGAAACAUGCUCUGAACCUAAGAGCGCUAAUGCGUCAAAUUACGUCACAAAUAACUCUUCUGUUGCUAAAUUGUCGAGCUUGAAAGCAGAGCAAGUGACGAGGACGAAGGAAGGAUUUGAGCAGAUGACAAAGAUGAAAGUUUUCCCCGGGAUUCUGCCACAGGAUCCCUUAAUCUUUCGUGCUCCUGGACGCUGCUUCUCGCUGGAGCACCCUUAUCCUGCACUGGAAAUCGGUCGCCGGAUUUCCGAUUCCGGCGGUUUCACCUUCCCUGCUGUGGUUCCACGAAAGGAGGACAGCGCAGAGGAUCCGGCAAGAGUUUCUCUUGAGGUGUUCAGGCCUACAGAAACCGCGACACCGCUGAAGAAGUCGGCGGAGUUCCAAAAAAUUCCCUUUUUGAUAAACACUGGAGAUCGACGGAAUUUCACGUUUUCCGGGAGCCCCAAGACGCGGCCAGCAGUGGAAGACGACGUGGCGAGCGACACAAGUUCGGAUCUUUUUGAAAUCGAGUCUCUUUCAACACAGAUGGGUUUCCGACGGCGGGACUCACUCGAGGAGCUUUCUUCGUCUUUAUUCGAGCCCAGAAAGCUGGCUGGAAGCGCCGCUGGGGUUACCCGUCCCCACCGAGGGGUGGACGACGAAGAGGCGGCGACGCCGUCGAUAACUCCGAGUGAAUGUUAUCCUCCUAGCGAAGUAAGCGUGGAAUGGAGCGUGACAACGGCCGAGGGUUUCGAUCGCUCGAGCGGCGCCAACUUCUCGAGUGCAGUUUCGGAGUAUGAAAAGCUCCGAUACGCAGCAGUAGCCCUCGGCAGCGGGAGAAAGAAGGAUGUUAACGGCGCCGGCGCCGCCACCGCCGGUCUUUUGAGCUGCCGGUCCGAGAAAGCCGUCUGUAUUGUUAGACCGAAUUCGGAAUGGUUCGAGCCGGAGUUGCCGCGCCGUCUAGGGAACUCCUCCGUGGCAUCAGUUGGGUUAGAUCGAGUGAUGGGCGUCGCGCGGCUUGGCGGUGGGAAUCCGGUCCACGAUGGCUCUGGGCCAAUUGGUUUGCGGAGUCGAACCCGGUUUGUUUGAUCCGGCCGAUUCAUACCAGACAAUAAUAAAAACCGGUUAUUGAAUUUAUUCUGGGCCUGAUGUAAUGCUGCUACAUUGAAUAAUUUGCAACUUGAUUUUUUUUUUUUUCAGCGAUGGUCUUGUAAUUUGUUUUAUGGAUAUAAUAUUUAAAUAAGUAUUGACAGAAUAAAAAUUUGUUUUCAAAUUUCUG